UGAAUCACCGCCUCGCAACACAAACACGUUGGUGGAGAUAGAAACACUCACACCUCCACGCUGGAGAGGAACCACACAGAACCCAGAACAAACUGCAACAUCCGCCCACACAACAGCACACAAUCUACCUUGGUUUUCUCAAUCGCUUUCUCUCCCACCAAACACGCACACUUGCAAGCCCAAACAUGCACACUUGCAAUCACAAACACACACACACACACACACACACACACACACACACUUAAUUUAUAGAGGCUGACCUCUGUUUUCUCCCGCACAUGUUAGCCAACCAUGGACUCAAGCAUUAUUUUCUCUCACUCUCUCUCUCUCUCUAAUCGCUGUCCCUCGCUCUCUCGCUCACCCCGCCCCUACCCUCCCUCUUUAUCUGCCUCUUCAUCGCUCUCUGACUGGCGCUCAGCUGAUGGGAGCUUACCGUGGACAAAUAGGCUUAGGGAGCAUCACUAUGGCAACGGCAAAUCGUAAAACGCAACAUAAGCACUUCAUCAAGGGGUUGUGAUCCGAAGCUCCUUCUGAACACGGUGGCCCCAAACCACCCGCAACAAGUGACGCCCGAGCAGGAGCAGGAGCAGGAGGAGGAGGAGGACUCCUGGGAGGAGGGCGCACCUCAAACACUACCGGUCGACGGAUGGACAACACGGCGGCAGUCCCAGUGAGAUAGAGAGAAAACAAGAGAGAGAGAGAGAGAGAGAGAGAGAGAGAGAGAGAGAGAGAGAGAGAGAGAGAGAGAGAGAGAGAGAAGCACAGAUGGAAGGGAUGCUGUAGUGUUGCAGCCGGCAGAUUGUUUCACCACUAGCUCCUUAACAACUACAACAAAACAAAGGGGAGCCAUCAGUGUUUUUUCUUCUGGGCUCAGGACACAAACUUCAGAACAGCAGAGCGUGGUCAUGGCCUCCUGGUUCAGCUGGAGCGACCCGUACCACCGGAGGCCGCGGCGGGAGCCCUCGGACGUGGUGGUGGACACGCUGAUGCUGGAGUUCACCUGGCAGCUGAAGGAGGCCGAGCGGCUGCAGCGCGAGCGCGACAGCGAGUACCGGCGGCUGAAGACGGGCGUGGAUUACAGCUGGCUGGCGUCGACGCGCCGCAACUCGUACAGCGUGAGCACCGGGGAGAGGCUGGGGCUGGAGGACCUCUGCUGCAAGGUGCCGCCCGGCGACUGCGGACUGGUCAUACUCAAGAUCCGCGAGGCGCUGGGGGCCCACCAGCCCGACGCGCAGGAGGUGCUGGGGCUGUUCCGCGGCGUGCUGCUGGAGGAGCUGGACCGCGCCCGGGAGGAGGAGGAGACGCGGCGCCUCACCCGCCAGUGGAACAACAAGCGCUCCAUGAGCAUGUCGCUGGUCAACUUCCGCUCCCGCAUCAAGAUCAACCCCUUCGGCAGCACCGUGGGCCUGACCUCCGGCCCCGCCGACGCCGAGGCCGGCGGAGACCUCAAGACGGUGUCGGAGGACGUGGAGAAGGGCUCGGACACGGGGGACGGCCGGGUCCAGAGGGGAUGGAGUCUGCCCGACUACUGAGACAGCGUCGCGUGGACCCUGGAACGCCCGAGCCCCCCCCCCCGUAGUGUCCAUGUGAGGCCGUCACGGGUCGUGACGACGGGGCACCCCUAAGCCAGGGGGACCGGCUCACGUACUUUGUCUUGGCUCCCAUUGUUGCAAGAUACCGGGACAAUGGAGCAGAUAUCCCGCAGUCCUUUUGAGCCACUAUGAAGUCCAAACUAUUGGAACAUGCGUCUUUAUAAAGCACAGUUGUAACUCACACCUUUUAUAGUGCGUUCCCAGAGGAUUUGAAGGGUUUUCAAACUUGUCUGUUAAUGCAAGCCUCGUCUUCACCUGUUGUCUUGGUGACUACGAUUGGAAAUACUAUUUUUGAUAUACAUAGUUAACCUUAAUAUAUGAUAUAAUACAAAUGUAAUUUAUACCCAACACUUGUGUGCCACUAUACAAUGAAAAAUGUGUGUAAUUUUGAAAUGUAUGUGUAAGUAAUGAAUCCUCUUUGAUGUUUUAACUGAUUUGUAGUGAAAUACAGCAAGCCAUUAAAACGCUAAUCUCCA